CCUCAAUGAACCUCAACCGCCCUCACACGCUAUCAAACAUUCACACGCCAUCGCACGCCCAAAGGCAUGUGCUUGCAGACAAGAUUAAGAUGUCAUCUAAACCAACAGCCUCGCCCAACACCGCCCCAGCCCCGGAAACGCAAGAGCCGGCAGACCCAUCAACGAAGCCGGAUGCUCACGGAGACGAUGAUGCGGUUCCCGCUAGGUUCUCCCCUGAGCAGGAACAGGAGCUCCUAUCCGAGUCAAACGAUCACAAGACGCAGGCAAAUGCCCUCUUCGCCUCCAAAAAGUACGAUACGGCGCUCUCGAAAUACGACGAGGCCGUCGCCGUGUGCCCCAACUACCUCGACUUCGAGGUUGCCGUCCUCAAGUCCAACAUCGCCGCCUGCCACCUCAAGCUCGAGGAGUGGAAGUCGGCCGCCACCGCCGCCACCGAGUCCCUGACGCGGCUGGAGAAGCUUGAGAAGGCCGACGCCGACGCCGCGGCGCACGAGGCCGCUGAGGCCGCCGAGGGAGGAGGAGGUCGAGGAGGAGAUCGUGAGCAGCGGCGCGGCGGCGGCGGGGCCCGCGCCCGCGGUUAAAGAGGAGACAGCCGCGCAGGCGGCGAGGCGGCUGCGCGUCGCCGACGUGGCGCGCAUCCGGGCAAAGGCGCUGACGCGGCGCGCGCGCGCCCGGAGCGAGGAGGGCGGCUGGUCGAGCCUCGCGGGCGCCGAGGAGGACUACAAGGCGCUGUCGGGCAUGGCGAACCUCGGGCCGGCCGACAGGAAGGUCGUGCAGGCCCAGCUGCGCGCCCUGCCGCCGAGGACCAAGGCCGCGCAGGAGAAGGAGACGGCCGAGAUGUGGGGGAAGCUCAAACAGCUUGGAAACGGUAUCCUGAGCCCUUUCGGACUGAGCACCGACAACUUUAAGAUGGUCCAGGACGAGAAGACGGGGGGCUACAGCAUGAACUUUCAACCAAACGGCCCUCAAUGAACAGGGGAUACCCUAGAUGAAAGCCAAAUAGCCGGCGAGGCUGCCUAUACACGCUCGUCCCCUAUAUCCCAUUACCUAUUCAUUCCGUUCCGGAUCCUCCCCAACCCCUGCUCAGUUUCAUUCUUUUCGCCGACGAAGCCAUGCCCACCAAACGCCUCUUGACGCCUCCUGCGGCCGCUUCCUGGCUCUCAACUGGAGACAGAGGACUACCUUUAGGACUCGGGUUCUGAUCUGCUGGGUGGCAAGUUCCUGGACUUUCCGCUGUCCCAGACCCCAAGUGGCUUGACGCGUCGCUCGUCUCGGCCUGUGGAUUGUCCCAGCUGCUGCCGUCCUGGCUAUCACUGCCCGGCUUUGAGGGUAGACUGGAGCCCAAGCCGCUAUCGGCCCGUUGCCGCUGAGCCGAAGUUUUCUCUUCUGGAUCUUCCUCCAACGCCGUCGAUGGCGGGUCACCUUUCUGCGGAUCGCCAGAAUCGCCGUAAUACCAGUGCAGAGACCAAUUAUGCCCAAACACCACAGCCCCUCUGUCAGGCAGCUCAGCCUGCGCCUUUCUCUUCAGCUUUCUCCAGAACCGAGACGGGAACAGCGCUUGAACCGGAUCGCGGUGCUUGCUCGUCGGUCCAAAACUUCUUCUUGUGGGUGUCAUUUCUCCACAGGGGCAAGGGCUAAAGGACGCCUCUUUGCUGUACCAUAGAAGCCUCUCGGACAGUCGGCGAGGGUUGGCGUCCGGAUCGCCAUCGACUCUCAUGAUCUCCAUAAGGUCCGACACGGCGGCGGCUAGAUAACAGCCACCGCGUGGCAGCGUCGACCAUCGCGUGCAAGCUGCAGCCGCGGAUUGGCCCCCUGGCCGCAUCAGGUCGCCGAACCCGCGUCCGAAGAGUGUGAUAGCGUGGAUGCCCCUGGUGAAGUCGACCCAGCCUUUUCCAAUCGUAUCUAGAGUGGCCACACGAGGAUAUAGAGGGUCCCUGUCGGCAAAGACUUCGCGAAAAUCCCAGCCUUCGAGCUGUCUCCGCGGCCACUCUGGCAUCUGCACGCCGUCUCGGCGUUCCACGGCAGUCUGGUGAUCGAUCAUCUUCUCGAGGAUUCCGUAUAGAUGCUCUACCCUAUCCUGGAUGCAGUAGAAUUUCGAUGUUCUCGUGGCUGAUAGCUGACUCUUGGAGAAUUUUCCCUUUGAUGUCUCGCUCUGGACAGUCUCGCUCCUUUCCGAGUAGAGCGGCAGCCGAAGAUUUCGCUCGUUGAUGAGUACUUCUAUGGCCGAAUCCGCAUUGUUGUGGCCCUCAGCCUCGAUGAAGCUGGACUCAUCGAAGAGGAAGGCGCUCUUGAACUUGUCUUUCUGGCUAUGCCCAAGGGAAGCCCGGAGCAGAUGCAGCAACGCGCUGGCGCCAUUGACGAGCCAUCCCCUUCGGGACUCCUCGUCCCAGAGGAUGACGUAUUUUCCCGUUAUCCACUUCAGCUUGGGUAUAUAUCCGUCGCGAGAGACGUGUAUCGGCUUCUCCCUCGCCCCCAGAGCAAAGGUGACGGUCCCGUGGAUGAGCUGCCCGCCCGAGAUCUCGGCCCGCUCCAGUCUGCAUCCUGCGUGGGCCACUGGCAGCAGGGAGCGGCCUAUGUUGUAAUUGGCCCCCGGGCCCCCGACGUCGUACGUGACCUGGGAACACCAGCCCACGACGUGCCGGGCCGUCUCCAUCUCCGCCAUCGUUAGCUGCUCGUGCACGCCCUCCCAGUCGAGGUACGAAACACGGGCGUCGCCUUGCGCGACGAGGUGCCAGACCACAAUGUCCCCACGUCGCAGUGUGGGCACAAGCAUGGCCGAGAAGCCCUUGAUGAAGACCUUUGCGCCGAAUAAGUCGAGCUUCGAGCUCCCGACAAGGGCAGCCAUCAUGUCCAACGGAAUCUCCAGCCCCAGGCCAGGCUCGGGCCUGCAAGGGAUAGGGAAGCCCUUGACGACAAACGGCUUCCUAAAGAGCCCAUGCCAGCACUGGCCGAGGGAAAAGCGGGGGGUCGGUAGCUCCAUGUAGCCAAAGGAAAUCUUGCAGCUGAUCCUGGGCAUUUUAGCCCAGGAGCUUCUAGAAGCUGUCAAGAGUGCUACGCUGCAGGUGGCCUGCGGCUGGUCUUUGUAGCGUGAGCAGCGCAGGGCGGCACCGAGCCACGCCAGCACUUGGGCAACUUGAACAAUUGUUUCUGGCGUUCCCUGAACAUCCAAAACAAGCCUCGUCACCGGAUUGUGUUCGAACUUGGCCUCAAGUCUUGUGGUGUCUCGCAAAACGCCUGUUUCUUGUUAACCACGCUCCCAGAAUCUACGGGUAGAAGUGUGCAUGAGUGCCAUACCUUGUACUGCUGCGUGGCCCCUGACCAAGUCUUGUAUCUUGGCCAGUACGUCGAGGCCUACGCAUGGCCAAGUUUGAGCGAGGUACUGCGCCACUGUGGUAGCCUGGGCAUCCACGCUCGAGCCUGUGACAGUUAUGGCGCUGGACAACGCAUCUUCGGGGGGCUCGGCGUAUCCCUGUUCCUUCAGGAAUGUGAACGGAUCCCAGUUGACAGCGAGUGCGGCCUCGCAGGCCUCGGGUGGCCGAUGCCGACUCAUACUGCGCCAAAAGGGUGGAAAUGCGCAAGUUAUACUCUCGCGUAUCUCGUUCAUUGUAUCUCCUUGAUCAAGGGAGGCUUCAGCGCGGACGCUGGCGAGGAAGGAACGAUAGGCGUCGGAGCCAAUCACCAGCCUGGUGUACUCGGCCACCUCUUGAAUGAUGCCAUCCUCGUCGAAAUCCUCGUGCAGAUCAACAUUGUCCAAGUCAUCCACUGGCGGCCCGGGCUGUCCGCUGUCAGGCGCUCCGUGAGCACCGUCAAGCCAACCUCGGACGAGGUCCAAAGAAGAAGGCAUAUCAUCUGCCCUUGGUCGGACGACGUCAUCUUCCUCCAUGGAAGUAUAUCGAUUCCAUAUUGCUGCCGUGAUGGCACUGUUUCGGAACGUUGGCGGGGCGUUAGCCAAGCUUCCACGGCUGAGAUUGCCUCAAUGCGCCAUCUGUGCAAAUAACUCACUGGCGCUUCAUAUGAACAAAGUACAUGAUGUUCAGGUGCAUCUUUGAACUUGCUCCGUACCCGAACUCCAACGCAAGAUACUUGAGCAACCCCGGGAGAACGUGGAGGAUGCGAAGCAUGGCUGCUCUGGCGACAGGGCCAUCGUGGCGUGUGGCCAGUCUGUGGAACAGGUCGUCAGCGAGCUCGCAAAUGCAGCUAUCAACCCGGCUAUCAGAGAGGCUGCCCGCGUCAGAGUACAGUGUUGCGGCGUCGUCGUCGGCGGUCCGGCCCGCACUGGUGCCGUCCGCCCUCGGCUGCUUGGGAUCGCAGAGGGCCACACCAGUAUCCGGAAAGGCGAGCAACGGGUCCGGCAAAGUUCUUCCUCGCGAUGCGUCCCCUGUCUUCACUGAACCAUAACCGGAGUCUGACGGCGCGGGAAGAACAUUGCCAACUGGUUGAGUCGGAAGGGGUGUUGGGCUUAUAAAUCCCAAAGAGAAGGGGUUAAUUUUGGGGACUGCCUGGUCCUGAGACAACCCCUGUGGGGCAGAGGAAUCUGAUUCACUGCAGUCUCGCUCGAAAAGCUUGAGGUUGAAAUGAGACGGAAUGCACUGUAGCAAUACGUUAGUGAAUCGCUCGUCUCACCAAUGGGCUGCGAAAUUAUACGGCGAUUUCCCAUGUUACCGGAAUACUCCUCUGCGAACAAUGAUCGCAAGAUCCAAGCCGGUUCCAAAAUGGAUCCUUGGCGAGGCCGAUGCGUCUCGGACGGAUGCUCAUCCUAUUGUACAAUUCUUGCAUAUCGGGUGUGGGG